AUGUCCUCAGAGAAAUACAGGAAAAGAGAAAGGAAGUUUAGAGAGGAUAGGAUAUCACUGCACCAGACCUGCCUCAAGAGUCUUCAGCAACGGAGAGACGUUUCCCCGUCGUCCCGAAAAAGGCCAGCUACCCCGACAGCAAGGACACGACCUCCAGCCAGUCACAACCUCCAGCCAGUCACAACCUCCAGCCAGUCACAACCUCCAGCCAGUCACAACCUCCAGCCAGUCACAACCUCCAGCCAGUCACAACCUCCAGCCAGUCACAACCUCCAGCCAGUCACAACCUCCAGCCAGUCACAACCUCCAGCCAGUCACAACCUCCAGCCAGUCACAACCUCCAGCCAGUCACAACCUCCAGCCAGUCACAACCUCCAACCAGUCACAACCUCCAACCAGUCACAACCUCCAGCCAGUCACAACCUCCAGCCAGUCACAACCUCCAGCCAGUCACAACCUCCAACCAGUCACAACCUCCAACCAGUCACAACCUCCAACCAGUCACAACCUCCAGCCAGUCACAACCUCCAGCCAGUCACAACCUCCAGCCAGUCACAACCUCCAGCCAGUCACAACCUCCAGCCAGUCACAACCUCCAGCCAGUCACAACCUCCAGCCAGUCACAACCUCCAGCCAGUCACAACCUCCAACCAGUCACAACCUCCAACCAGUCACAACCUCCAGCCAGUCACAACCUCCAGCCAGUCACAACCUCCAGCCAGUCACAACCUCCAACCAGUCACAACCUCCAACCAGUCACAACCUCCAACCAGUCACAACCUCCAGCCAGUCACAACCUCCAGCCAGUCACAACCUCCAGCCACUCACAACCUCCAGCCAGUCACAACCUCCAGCCAGUCACAACCUCCAGCCAGUCACAACCUCCAGCCAGUCACAACCUCCAGCCAGUCACAACCUCCAGCCACUCACAACCUCCAGCCACUCACAACCUCCAGCCAGUCACAACCUCCAGCCAGUCACAACCUCCAGCCAGUCACAACCUCCAGCCAGUCACAACCUCCAGCCAGCCACAACCUCCAGCUACUUAACUCUCAACCCAAACGAGCGAUCGCCGACUAA